AUGCUAUAUUUGCCGUUGCGAAAGUUCUUCAAGUUUGUAUUGAAGAAAAGAAAACCUGCCAGUCAAGUAUCUAUUAAAAAGUUGGUGUCGAAAAAUGUUCUGGAUCAAGUUUAUCCAGACGUUCAAAAAGGAGGAUAUUAUAUUCCUAAAGACUGUCAAACUAGGAAUAAAGUUGGCAUAUUGGUUCCUUAUAGAGAUCGAGCACUACAUCUUUCGAUUUUUCUAUACAAUAUCCACCCCUUUUUGAUGAAACAAAAACUGGAAUACAGAAUUUUCAUUAUAGAACAAGCAGGUGAAGAUUUAUUUAAUAGAGGAAGACUUUUCAAUGCUGGUUUCUUAGAAAUUAUGAAACUUGGUGAUUGGAAGUGUGUGAUAUUCCAUGACGUAGAUUUGCUUCCGUUGGAUGAAGAGAUUUUGUACACUUGUCCAAUUUGGCCGCGGAAUAUGUGUGCGAACAUUGUUGAUAAGACAAAUCUCCCAAAAUCCCGCACCCUUUUCGGCGGUGUUUCUGCUAUUGAUGUCAAGCAAUUUAAGAAAGUAAAUGGUUAUUCCAAUGAUUACUGGGGCUGGGGUGGCGAGGACAAUGACCUUUUUAGAAGGUUACAAGACUUCGGUUAUCCAGUUGUAAAAUACGAUAAAAAGAUUGCACGCUACACAUCUCUUCCGCAUCUUGGACAAAGUCGAAAUAAAGACAGGUUUAAUUUACUGCACAACGCUAUCAAGAGGUACAAACACGAAGAAUUUUCCUCAUCCUAUCCUGCUUUGAAGAAGUCCUUCCUAGUCCCUCAAGAUCCUUUAUUUCUUUUAAAUGGCUGUAAUUAA